AUGUACUAUCAGUCAGGUGAUGUCAUCGUGGGUGGGAUUGUCACUCUAGCUGCUUUCCUGCAUGCUGCCAUCGAGUUCAGCAAAGUCCCGCCACCUCCAUUGCUUGAAGAACUUAUGUUAAUACCUAAAUAUUACCAAAAUAUUGUGGCCCUGGCAUUUACAGUCAAAGAGAUCAAUAAAAACUCAGAGAUCUUAUCCAAUGUCACUCUUGGUUUCAACAUCUAUGACAGUUACUUCAAUGCACAGAAAACAUACCAUGCUAUUAUGUUACUAAUUUACAAUAUGAAGAGCUUUUCCCCCGAUUACAUCUGUGGUAUCCAGAAUCAUCUGACUUCAAUAAUUGGGGGACUAGAUGCCAAAACCUCCAUUGACAUUGCAAAUCUUUUGGAUAUUUAUAAGAUCCCACAGCUCAUCUAUGGCUCUGGUCCCAUCAUGAAUUAUAAAACACCAGGACUUUCUUUCUUCCAAAUGAGCCCACUGCAAAGACUUCAACAUGAAGGGAUUCUGUCUUUGCUUCUCCAUUUCAGGUGGACAUGGAUUGGGGUUAUUGUCAUGGAUAAUGAUAAUGGAGAAAGGGUUAUAGACAUUAUUGUUCCAUUAUUUUCCCAGCACAACAUCUGUUUUUCAUUUAUAGAGAGAUUCUCAGAAUUAACACAUAUUAAUGAAAUGUACAACAUGUUCAAGCACGGUGCAGAAAUACAUGAUAAAAUUAUGGAUAGCAAUGUUAAUGUUCUGAUAUUUUAUGGAGAAGCUGAUAUUAUGGUAAGGCUAAGAUGGCUACCAUAUUUAUCAAACAAAGAAAACAUAAGAAAUGUUGCCAAAGGUAAAGUGUGGAUAUUAACAGCCCAGGUGGAACUAAACUCACUUGUGUAUCAGAGAGAUUGGAAUACUGACAUGAUGAAUGGUGCUCUGUCUUUCACAAUUCAUGCCAAUGACCCACCAGGAUUCCAGACAUUUAUUAAAAGUAGAAAUCCUUCCAUGACAGAAGAUGGAUUUAUCAAGGAUUACUGGCAACAAUCCUUUGCCUGUGUAUUUAAAACUUCAAAUAUAGGUGAGAUAGCUGGUGAUAUUUGCACAGGAGGAGAGAAACUGGAAGAUCUUCCUGUAACCUUUUUUGAAAGCAGAAUGACUGGUCACAGCUACAGUGUUUAUAAUUCUGUCUAUGCAAUAGCCCAUGCAUUGCAUGCCAUGAUUUCAUCCAGAUCUGCCCAGCAACCAAUGGCAAAUAAAGGGAGAUUGAAGCUUCAAAAGCAAGAUUCCUGGCAGCUGCACUCAUUUUUAAAAGGUCUCUCCUUUAAUAACAGUGCUGGGGAUCUGGUUUCUAUUGACUACAAUGGAGAGUUACUAGCUGGAUAUGAUAUACUGAACUGGAUUGUUUCUUCCAACCAGUCUUUCAAUAGAGUUAAAGUUGGGAGAGUAAACCCUGCAGUUUUUUCAGAUCAAAUAUUCACCAUAAAUGAAGAUGUCAUCACUUGGCAUAAUUGGUUUAACCAGUCCCAGCCUGUUUCAGUAUGCACUGGAAGUUGCCGUCCUGGUUCCAGCAAGAAAAUAAAGGAAGGGGAAUCAUUUUGUUGCUAUGACUGCAUUCCAUGCCCAGAUGGAAAGAUUUCAGAGAAGGAGGAUACAAAUGAUUGUUACUUAUGUCCAGAAGGAAGCUAUCCAAAUAAGAAUCAGGAUUCCUGUAUUCCUAAAACAUUGACAUUUUUGUCUUACAAGGAACAUUUGGGAAUCAGUUUAGUCUUCUUUGUCCUUUUGUUUUCUUUGAUCUCAGUGAUGGUGCUUGGAAUAUUUGUGAAGAACCACAACACUCCUAUCAUCAUUGCCAAUAACCGAGACCUCACUUACAUUCUCCUCAUCUCCCUCCUGCUCUGCUUCCUUUCUGCAUUCCUAUUUAUUGGUCAUCCUGAGAAGAUGGUAUGUCUCCUGCAACAAACAACUUUUGGGAUUGUCUUUGCAGUGGCUGUUUCUUCAGUGUUGGCAAAAACCGUCACAGUGGUUCUGGCUUUCCUGGCCACCAAGCCAGGAUCCAAGAUGAGAAUGUUUGUGGGAAAGAAACUGUCCAACUCUAUUGUCAUUUCCUGUUCUUUUAUUCAAAUAGGUAUUUGCAUGACAUGGCUAACAACUUCUUCUCCAUUCCCAGACACUGACAUGGAUUCGGUAGUUGAAGAAAUUAUUCUGCAAUGCAAUCAAGGCUCUGUAACUAUGUUCUACAGUGUCUUAAGCUAUUUGGGCUUCUUGGCUAUUAUUAGUUUCAUAGUUGCCUUCAUGGCCAGGAAAUUGCCUGAUACUUUCAAUGAAGCCAAGUUCAUCACCUUCAGCAUGUUAGUCUUCUGCAGUGUUUGGAUAUCCUUUGUUCCAACCUACUUGAGCACCAAGGGGAAGUACAUGGUAGCAGUGGAGAUAUUUUCCAUCUUGGCCUCUAGUGCUGGUUUGCUGGGCUGCGUCUUUCUUCCCAAAUGCUAUAUAAUUGUUUUAAGGCCUGAGUUGAACAGCAGGGAAAAUUUAAUGAAGAGAAAACAAUUCUGA